AAUCAUAAUAAUAACGCAAGUCGAGAUAAUAAGAAACAAUGGCAAUAAAAUGUUCCGCAGCCGCCUGUAAUUCCAGUGGUGUGAGAACAGAAGGCUGUCAUCAUCGUCUCCAGCUGUUUCCAAUUGCUCCAGCACACAGACUUUACAGAAGUUGUGUCCAGCAGAGGAGCCCAUACACUCCCGGCUGUGUGCAUGCUCUCCCAGCCGCCUGCUCUCAGUUGCUGUCACACAGCGAGGCAGGUACAGCUUCACAGCAGACAUGUGAGUUGAGCCAGUUACUCAUUUGCCGGAGUGUUUGUGUUUAUGCAAAAGGGGCCUCUUCCUGCAUAUUUAAUCUAGAGUAAGGCAGUGGCUUUUGUUGUGUUUAGACCACAUGCCUUUAGUCCUUCCGUACACUGAGGCUUGUGCGAAAGCACACACACAGCCAAGGACAGUAACUUUUCUCCCCUCUGGUGGAUUUAAAGUCCGCUCUUUGUGCACUCUUUUCACGCCGCUGUGCACUCUUUUCACGCUGCGGUGCACUGGCAGUCAAACCUCGGUCUCUGACUCUGCUCAUGAAUGGGGUAAAGAGAGUGACCUUUUUUGGGUGGUUGUGACUGAAGUUUGCUUUGCAGAAGCAGCUACUUGUAUAAGGGCUUUGAGUCAUGAUGCAAGAAUCUGGGACGGAGACAAAAAUUAACGACUCAGCCGUGCAGAACGGCGGAAGCGCCGGUAACCACCUAUUAGAGUGCACGUUACGAGAGACGCGCUCGAACGGAGAGACGCCUUCCCUGGACAUAAGUGCCGCGGACCUCGCACAUCUCCAGCAACACCAGGCUCUUCAAGUUGCACGGCAGCUAUUAAUACACCAGCAGCAAGUCAGUGGAGUAAAAAGCCACAAGAGGAAUGACAAGCAACCACCCCUGCAGGUUCCAGUCUCAGUGGCUAUGAUGACACCCCAAGUAAUCACUCCUCAACAAAUGCAGCAAAUUCUCCAGCAGCAAGUGCUAACGCCCCAACAGCUACAGGUCUUACUUCAGCAACAGCAAGCCCUCAUGCUCCAGCAGCAGCAGCUUCAGGAGUUUUACAAGAAACAACAGGAACAGCUGCAGCUUCAGCUAUUACAACAACAACAUGCAGGAAAACAGCCAAAAGAGCAGCAGCAGCAAGUGGCUACGCAGCAGUUGGCUUUUCAGCAACAGCUAAUACAAAUGCAGCAGCUGCAGCAGCAGCACCUUCUGACACUGCAGCGUCAAGGUCUCCUUUCAAUCCAGCCGGGGCAGCCCUCCCUUCCACUGCAAUCUCUUGCCCAAGCUGGCAUGAUUCCAGCGGAGCUGCAGCAGCUCUGGAAAGAAGUGACUAGCUCGCACACGGCGGAUGAUGGCUGUAAUAACCACAGUAGUUUGGACCUGUCCACGACAUGCGUCUCUUCGGUGGUCGCCCCCAAGACCUCCUUGCUCCUCAACCAUCAGUCAUCAACCAAUGGCCAGAUCUCACUUCUCACUCCAAAGAGAGAGAGCAGCUGCCACGAGGACUACAUGCAGAAUCACCCCUUAUAUGGGCACGGUGUGUGCAAGUGGCCGGGCUGCGAGGUUGUGUGUGACGAUUUCCCAUCAUUCCUAAAACAUCUCAACAACGAGCAUGCAUUGGAUGACAGGAGCACGGCUCAAUGUCGAGUUCAGAUGCAAGUUGUACAGCAAUUAGAGUUACAGCUUUCCAAAGACAAAGAACGCCUCCAAGCCAUGAUGACGCAUUUACAUGUGAAGUCAACAGAACCCAAAGCAAGUCCUCAACCUCUGAACCUGGUAUCCAGUGCCACCCUAUCGAAGACUGCAUCAGAACCAUCCCCUCAAAGUUUACCUCAUACUCCCACCACCCCAACCACACCACUCACUCCUCUAACCCAGGGACCUUCUGUUAUUACAACCACCAGCAUCCACAAUGUGGGACCCAUGCGGAGGCGGUACUCUGACAAAUACAACAUUCCCAUCUCUUCUGACAUUGCACAGAACCAAGAGUUUUACAAAAAUGCAGAAGUCAGGCCACCUUUCACAUACGCAUCGUUAAUUAGGCAGGGAAUUCUUGAAUCCCCUGAAAAGCAACUAACACUAAAUGAAAUCUACAAUUGGUUCACACGAAUGUUUGCCUACUUCCGGCGCAAUGCAGCAACGUGGAAGAAUGCAGUGCGUCAUAAUCUUAGUCUACACAAGUGUUUUGUGCGAGUAGAAAACGUAAAAGGGGCAGUAUGGACAGUGGAUGAAAUAGAAUUCCAAAAAAGGAGGCCACAAAAGAUCAGUGGUAGUCCUUCGCUUAUCAAAAACAUUCAGACAAGUCACCCUUACUGCACACCUCUUAAUGCUGCUUUGCAGGCUUCAAUGGCUGAGAACAGUAUACCUCUAUACACUACGGCUUCCAUGGGAAACCCUGUUCUGACCAGUUUAGCCAGUGCCAUGCGGGAAGAACUCAAUGGUGUGAUCGAGCAUGGCAACAGCAAUGGCAGUGACAGCAGCCCGGGACGUUCCCCUAUGCAAGGAAUGCACCACGUACAUGUUAAAGAAGAACCACUGGAUCCCGACGAGCAUGAAGGGCCACUAUCGCUAGUAACAACAGCCAACCACAGUCCUGACUUUGACCAUGACAGAGAUUAUGAAGAUGAACCAGUAAAUGAGGACAUGGAGUAAAAAAAAAAAAAA